GGCAAAUGAAUUGUUUACAAACAAUAUUUUUGUUUUUUAGAAAAUUGAACACAAAAUUCUCCUUAUUUAUAUUUUUAAUAAAAACUAAAAUUUUCCAAAUAUGUCUAUAAAAUUAUGCUGCAGCUUGUGUUGCUCUCCAAGUAGCGAAUAUAAAACAUUACAAAAUGAAGUGGGAGACAGUACAGAAGUAUAUGAAAUUACUGUGAAAUAUUUUGAUCCCAUGUUAAUUACCGACGAAGAAUUCCCUAAAUGUUCACAAGAACACAAAGUUCUUUGCCAGGACUGUUGGGUGCCCAUUAAAGAGUUCCAUGAAUUUCAGCAGAAUGUUAUAAAGACACGUACACUGCUGGAGAAAUCGGAUAUAAAACAAUUGCCAUUGAUUAUUAAAACGGAAAAUGAAACUGAGCUGGAUGAGGACAAAGAAUGUGAUGAUGAUAGAUAUUUUGAUAAAAGUGACGAUGAUAAAGAUGAUGAUUAUGAUAUUGGUUUAGAUGAUAUAAGUGUUAAAAAUGAUUUAAAAGAGAACUCAGUAAGUACAGAUGAAGAUGACGAGAAACCUUUAAUAAGCUGGAAAACAACAAAAGUAGUUAAUAAUAAAACAAAAAAUGAUGCGAGUAGUAAAAAAACAGAUUCCGACAGCACCAUUCAAAAGCCUAAAGGAAAACGAGGCAGAAAACCAAAAAAUGUAGCUAAGACAAGGGGAAAACGAGAGCAGAAUGAUAAUGAAACUGAAAAUACAGACCAGGAAGGAAACAAUAAUGAUAUAAAAACGAAAAAAACUAAAUUGGAUAAUAAUGUUGUGGACAAUGGUGAUGAUGAUAAACAAGAAAAGAGUAAUUCUAAAUUUAAUUUAGAAAAGGCACGUGAAUCUGAUGCUUUCAUCAGGGAAUGGAAACCCAUAUUAGAAUGUGAUUUAUGCGAAGAGUCCUCCACAAGUUUUGAUAAAUUGCGUACACAUUUUAGAGAAAAACAUAAAACUAGAUUCUAUAUAAAGUGUUGUGAGCGUAAGUUCUAUCGACGUUAUGUAUUAGUUAAUCACAUACAGCUGCAUCUCAAUCCGGAAACACACAAAUGUGACAUAUGCGGAAAAGUAAGUGCUAAUAAAAAUAAUCUUAAACUACAUAAAAAGUUAAUGCACGAAGAAAUCGAACAACUGGAAUGUGAGGUUUGUCAUAAAUUAUUUAAUUUAAAAACCUCAUUAGAUCGUCAUUUACUCACCCAUGUAACGGGCGAUAAGGACUUUGUGUGUCAAGAAUGUGGCAAGGGUUAUGUGCUGGAAGUUCAACUUAAGUCGCACAUCAAAACUGUACACAAUGUGGAUCGUGUAUGCGAUCAGUGUGGAAAAACUAUACAUGGUAUACAGGCUCUGAAAAAACAUUUAAUGGAACAUGCUGGCAUUGCAAAACCCAAAUUUCCCUGCGACGAAUGUGGUGUCGAGUUGAAUUCUCGUAAUGGCCUAAAGCGUCAUAAGGCUGCCUUUCAUCAUGACGGUUCAACGAUUUAUGUUUGUGGCGUUUGUGGUAAAGUAGCGUCCAGCGAAAGUGCUUUACUAAAUCAUAAAAAAUAUGUCCAUGAAGAGGAGCGUAAACAUAAGUGUACUUAUUGCGAUAAAGCCUUUAAACGUCCAAAAAAUCUACAAGAACAUAUAGCCACUCAUACAGGCCAGGAUCUGUAUCAGUGUCCUCAUUGUCCACAAACAUUUAAAGUUAGCGCUAAUAUGCAUCAUCAUCGUAAGAAAGUACAUCCAAUAGAAUGGGAAGAGGGUAGAAAGAAUCGUUUACAAGUACCUAAAGUUGAUAUAAAUCAUGUAAAGAAUCAAGUUGUACUUCAAUUUAUAAUGUCCACAACAUCUUUGUGUCGUUUGUGUAUCUGUGACUAUACGGAAUGUAAAAGUUUAUUCGAUGAAUUUGGUCAGGGAAAUGAAGUCUACGAAAUUACUGUAAAAUAUUUCGAUCCCAUGUUUCUUAACUCACAACAAUAUCCGCAACUCUCUAUGGUUAUUUGUAUGAAAUGCUGGCAUCAUAUCAAUGAUUUUCAUAGUUUCCAACAGACGGUACUCAAUGCUCAAACAAAACUAGAGCAGGAAUUUAAACAGAUUGUUACCAGCAUUAAAUUGGAAGAAGAUUUGUUAAAUGGCUCUGAACAACCCUUAAUUAUAAAUUCCCAAAAUACUGAGGAGCAGGCUUUAUAUCAUAAUGUCUUUAAUAAUGUUUGUGUCGAUGUGGAGGAGAAAAAUGAAAUAUUUCUACCGGAUUUAGAUGUGGACGAUAUUAAGGAUGAUAAUCCCUUUUCAACAGAUGAUGAAAAGCCUUUGUUAGAUAGUUUACCCUUAAGCACAAGAAAAAAGCGCGGAAGAAAACCUAAAAAAGAAGAAGAUAUUGAUAAGGAUAACUCCAGUGUAAAGCGCACAAGAAAACCCAGAAAUAAAAACAAUACAGAAAAUAAAACCCAGGCGAAAACCACCUUAAAACGCAAAGCAAAACCAAAAGAUACAAAUGAUAAAAUUCCUGCAGUUAAAACGGAAACUGAAACAGAAAAUUCUCUAAAAAAUGACGAAAUCAAUGAGCAAGAUACUCAUAUCUCUUCAAAUGAGGAUGAAGACGAUGAUUAUGAUAUUGAACAUGAUGAUAAUGAUAAUGAUGACAGCGAUAAUAAUCAUCAUCAAGAUGAUCCAGAUGCCUUUGUUUCAUCCAAUGAUAAACAGAAGCCGGGCAAACAAAAAACUAAAGAAAUCGAUGCAUUUAUUGCGGAAUGGAAACAAGAAUUGGAAUGUGACAUAUGUAAUCUGGCUUUUACAAAUUUAACUUUUCUAAGAAAACAUUUUAGCAUAGAGCAUCCGAAGCAGAAAUGUUAUGUUUCCUGUUGUCAGCGUAAAUUAAAACAUCGUUUUGAUAUAGUCGAGCACAUACGCUACCACAUAGAUCCUAACACUUUUAAAUGUAAGCUAUGCGAUAAGGUUUCUACCAAUAGUCGUAAUUUGAACAAGCAUAUGCACGAGAAACAUACAGCCGAAGGUCAAGAGCGUCCUUUUGAAUGUACGAUAUGCCAAAAACGUUUUGCUAAAAAGUGCACUCUCAAAACGCAUAUGGAAACACACGAUACAGGCAAAGAUUUUAAGUGUAGCGAAUGUGGAAAAGGCUUCUCUACCGAACAACGCCGCAAGAUUCAUGAACGUAUGGUCCACAAUGUUGAUCGUGUUUGCGACCAAUGUGGCAAAACUAUACAUGGUGUUUAUGCUCUAAAGCAACAUAUACUCGAACAUGCUGGCAUUAAAAAACGUAAAUGGCCCUGUGAUCAGUGUAAUGCUGAACUAAAUUCUCGUUCCAGUUUAAAACGUCACAAAACGGUGGCACAUCAUGAUGGUUCUACGGUGUAUGUGUGUAGUGAAUGUGGUAAAAUUGCUCCUACCGAGACGGCGUUACGUAGUCACAAAAAAUAUGUCCAUCAAGCAGAGCGUAAAUUUAAAUGUACCAUUUGUGACAAAGGCUUUAAAGUUGCCAUUGUAUUGCGCGAACAUAUGGCUACUCACACGGGAGAAGAUUUAUAUCAGUGUCCUCAUUGUCCAAAGACAUUUAAAGUUAAUGCCAAUAUGCAUCAUCAUCGAAAGAAGGCCCAUCCCAAAGAAUGGGCUGAAGGAAGAAUGAAUAAACCGAUUAUCACAAAAGUAGACGUUAAUUUGGUAUCAAAUGAAGUUGUUAUUUAAAAUAAAGGAACGCGACUUGAUUAUACUUAAAAAUAUAUUUAACAAAAAUAGCAAAUAAAAGUAAUUUUAAUCUAAAA